AUGCGUCUGAUUCAGCUAAACCUGAAUCACUGCACGGCAGCCCAAGACCUGCUAGUGCGGACGGUGCGCGAACGCAGGCUGAAGCUUGCGCUAUUUAGUGAGCCCUACCGGACGGCGGCUAGCCCAGAAUGGGCUUUCGACCGCACCAAGAAAGCAGCGAUCUGGAGGUGCAGCAUAGAAGCCCAACAAUUAACCGAUGUUCUUUCGGACAUCGGAUUUGUUAGGGCUAGGGUAGGCAGAUGGUGGGUGUACAGCUUAUACCUAGCUCCCAGCCUGACCUUAAUCGCAUUCAGUCGGGCACUGGAUAGACUGGCAGCGGAUACUAGAGGCCGCACCCAGGUUCUCAUAGCGGGCGACUUCAACGCAUGGUCAGAGAGCUGGGGCAGUUCAACCAUCAACGCGAGAGGCAGGAUGGUGCUGGAGGCUUUCGCGACGUUGGACCUGGCUCUUCUAAACCAUGGAAACCGGCACACGUUCAGGCGCGCCGGACUGGGCUCUGUGGUGGACCUCACCUUCACUAGCGGCUCGUCGUUCAGGCUAACGAGGUGGAGACUCAACGAGGAUUACACUGGCAGUGACCACUUGCCCAUUAUUUCCGACCUGGGAUGCCCUCCCUCGUCCCAAGCCCAGAUAGCAGCCCAAACUAGGAUAAAAUACAAGACGGACACUCUGGACACGCAGGUAUUUCGAGAGCAGUUCCUACCCACGGCGAACAGACAAGGAGCCGAGCUGACGGCAGUGGAGCUGAUGAGGCAGCUGAAGGCCGCGUGCGUCGCCAGCAUGCAAAGGAGCAGGACGCAUAUCCGACAAAGAGCCCCUCUCUACUGGUGGAACCAGGAGAUAAAGACGGAUCGUCGUGAGUGCCUCUCCGCCAGACGUCGUUAUCAACGCGCUAGAGGUGCAGAGUCCUUUGCCGAACGCCAAUUCGAGAGCGAGAUCGAGAAGUGUAACCAAAACAUCAGGGCCAUUGAACAUUGGCUCAGCUCAAUGGGGCUAGAGCUGGCGCCGGAGAAGACGGAGGCUGUCCUGAUGAGCUCCAGGAAGGCAGUGGAGACGGCCACUGUCGAAGUAGGCACGAUGUCCUCCUCUUAA